AUGACUCAGUCCAUUGAAUACAAUAGGUCAAGGAUGAUCAACCAAGUAUUUCUAAAAAGUCGAGGUUGGACGUCUUUUGUUCACCCUUAUGAUCCAUUAGUAGAUGUUACAUUUAAGAAAGUUGGAGAUGGCCAUCCAUUACGUUUGUGGAAGGUCACCACUGAAGUUGAAGCUCCGCCUCAAGAAGUUUUACACAGUAUACUGAAUGAAAGAAAGGUCUGGGAUCCAUCGUUGAUUAGAUCUUUUGUUGUGGAACGGCCUGUGGAUCAUUGUGAUGUAUUUUGUUAUACAACUGCAAGUAUGGCUUCUCUACCUCCUAGAGAAUUUUGUGUUUUGAGAUCAUGGCGUACUGAUUUGACUAAAGGUGCUUGUUGUAUGGUUGAAACUUCUGUUAAGAGACCAAUGACCUACACAACUCCACCAGGCACACCAAAAAUCGAACAUUCCAGUUACGGAGUGAUUACAGGAGUUGUACUAGCUUCCAGAUACUUUAUUGAACCUUGCGGCAGUGGCAGAUCCAGAGUCAUGCAUUUAUCAAGAGUAGAUACAAAGGGAAGAACUCUGGAAUUCUAUACCAAAAUUUAUGGACACGUUUGUGCUGACCAACUUACAAACUUGAGAAAAGCGUUUGUUAUUAAAUCUGAGGGACCUGAAUCAAAAGUCUAA